CAAUCAAGUGGGAUCUUCUUGUCAAGCCCUUCUCGGUUACACAAAAAAUGGCGUCUUCACCAGCUACCGAAUAUCUCGCACAAUACGUGUAAGCUUAGUGAAUCGCUGUGAAAUUGAUUGGCAAGACAUCGUCUUGCGAAAUUCGCUUAGUGCUCUUCAAAUCUAUACUUACCCGGAUUUCUGAAAUUCAGUAAAUAUUGAGCAUCAUGCUGAAAGAAGACGUGGUGCCGUAAUGCCGAGAGACGAAUCCCGGGAGCGGCGACCAUGGAAAAUAUGGGAUGCUUCACGAUUGAAAAAGCGGCUAGUCUUGGCUUCGUCACUUGAAGAGUUACACAGAAAAGGCCGUGAGAAGAUUGAGUACAGUAAGGAUGAAAAUGUCUAUUUGGUUUUGGAGUCAGACGGAACAUACGUAGAUGAUGACGAAUUUUUAAGAUGGUUUCCCGAUAACACGGCAUUUCUACUGCUACGUGCUGGUGAAUCGUGGAAAAUGCCCGUUCAACAUAGUUGUUGUGCUUCGCAGGACCAGAAUUGUGACGGUUCUCUUAAAUCUUUUCCCCUUCCACGUGUAGUUUGUGACGCCCUUAGUACGUUAAAUAUUAAUCAUGAUCCACCCUUUUGGAAAAUUGUCGACAAUCAAGACAAAAUAACACUAGUCCUUCACUGGAAACAGCAACGCAAUAACCGAGUUCUACAGUACGUCAAGCCCAAUCAUUCACCAGGAUCUGGGGUUGAGAAAUUUGACCACAACAAGGCUCCCAGCUUCGUUGGCUAUCCUUGGACUGGAAUUGGGAAGAAACCGAAAGAUGGGGUUACUGAAGUCAACGACAAGGAAAUCGUCGAGAGUCAACAAAGUGUUAAAAAAGCCGUUCCCACUGCCAAUACAAGCACGGCUUUCAAGUCUACUCUUCGAGAUAGCAGUGCAAAGCCGAGUUCGAAUUUGCAAGCGCAUGAGCCACACGGCGGUGUUCACAUUCCAUUUUCUGGUUCGAACAAUGAACCACAGCGUUCCAACUUGUCCUCAGCUUUCCAACAUGGCUUGAACAAGUGCGAAUUUCACUGUGGAUCAUUGCACGACCGAGGCCGCCCCAUUCAAAGUGCCGAAUGCAGUCGCCAUCGAGCUCACUCAAUGAGUAAAGUAUUGAAAUCAACUCACGUUCAUUUCUGUGAAGAUCGCACCGAGGCAGGCAGUUCCAACCACGAAACGGAUAGCCGUCCUAGCCUGCCGUUAUGCACAUCCAACCAAGAGAAUGCUGUACCAGUGAUGGACCAUGCCUCUAACGCCAUUGACGAUGAAUUUGAAAUUGAAACUAGUGUAACUACCGAAAAAAUUCUUCUUCUCAUCGACCAGCUUGGAAGUGACAGACACAAACACUUGACAAUUUUUGAUCUCGGAGUAAUUCUUGAAAGGCUGAAAUCAAAAAUCAUCGACGUGCAGCGACUGGAGAGAGAGCGUGAAGAUGUACGAUGUUUUAGAUGGAUUAUCAACGCCACCAUACGAGGGGAAGUUCUGCGUGACCUAGGUGUUCUUUAUAAUGGAAAUUAUUAUUCGAUAUCCGAAAACCCUUUGAUUUCUGAUCCUUUUCGGGCGUUGUGUGAUGACGAGGACGACCGCCAAGAUUCAACAUAAACUCCUCAAAGCGAAUCAGCAGCGUAAUUCACAUUUUGCUUACGUGUGGAUGACAUUAUACGUUUAACUUAUAGUUAUUCAUUGUUUCCUUUUUUAAAUACUCCUUCCAUUGACAAAUUCCGUACAGUUUUUCUGUUCAUACUGCUCCAAAAAAAGUGUAGUAUAAAAAAGGGUUGACUGAAAAAGAUUUACAAUUUGUUGUAUUAGUGAAUUCAAAGGAAUUCCUAAAUUUCGUCGCUGGAAAUGCAAACUUUUCAUCUCGAA